AUGUGGCAUGGCAUCCGAGCCAUGUUCACUCGGGUGCAAGCCGGUGGUCCGAUAGCGAAGGCUGUCGGCGGAGUUGGCAUCACUGCGGCCGGCUUUACCGCAUGUGUUACCUCCAUGGACGUUGUGCGGAGGCACUUGCAGGAAGCAAGAGAUCGCGCUCGUGUGACCGCGCGCGUAGUCCACAGCCCCUUCCAUGCUGCCGAGCCCGCAACAGAGAUCCCGCGUGAGCAGGUCCAGGCCCAGAUCAGCAGCUUGCUGGACCUGCAUGAUCGCUCCCCCCUGCUGAUCUGGGGGAAUCACCAGUCCGGCAAGAGCUUCGCCUUGUUCAAGGCAUGCAAAGAGGCAGGCUUUCACCAGGGCGUCGUCCACGUGAAGCUGGACAGCGACAAGGAGACUGCAGGAGAAAGGCUGCGCCAGCAGCUGGGUGCCCCCGGCCACGUGGAGGUCGAGGAGGCCUUGAAGCAGGCGGCAAAGACGCUGGGCCGAGUGCCCAUCGUCGUCUUGGAGAUACCCCGACAGGUGAGUGAGAUGAAAGUUCUUGCCAGCUGCUCGGGCCUCGCCAAGACGUUGGGCUACGACGCGGAGUUGGCGAAGGUGAUUGUGUUGGCGAGCAGCGCCUCCAUGGCACUGAGAUUUGACGCGGAUGCCCGGGAAGUUCGGUGCCAGAUCGCAUCGCUGAGUGAGGAAGAGUGCCAGCAGCAGGAGGUCCAGGAGUUCCUCAAGCACCACGGUGGAGACGCGGCUGUCGAGCACAAAGCUGACCUUUUGCAGCUCACGGGCGGCAAUGUGGGCAAGCUCGAGGAGCUCGCCAAGGACCUAAAGAUCCAGACCUUCGAGCAGGUCCGGCAGGAAGCCAUCGGCGAGCAGGACGGGUUUGUUUUGUACCUUUGUCUUUGCGCAGUGCUUGUUGCCAUGUGCCAGGAGCAGCAGAUCCUGGACUUCCUCGGCAUCGAUGUGCAGGGUGGCUUCGGGCCAAAAGAGGUCGCAGCCGCGAAGGAGGUGGCCCGCCGUGUGGCGGACGCCCCGUUUCACCAGUGUGUCAGGGUCAAGGACUUUGGGGGCCGUUUCACCAGCAAGGACCUAGCACAGGCAGUGAAGGCGCGAGGCGCCCACUGCAUUUAUGUAAAGGCCACCACUAAGGCGGAUGAGCGGUUUUGCGCAGCGUCGCCAUCCGUGCACGCUCUUCUCAAGCAGAUGACACCUGCUCUUGUAACUGACACGAAGCCCAAACGCUGGGGAAUCUUCUGA